GGUUGUGCACAUGUCUCUAGUUGUCACCCGCGUUGUUCAACUUUCACCCUUCUUUUUCACCGCUUCAUGCAUUCCACCUCACCCUUCUCUUUCUUUUAUAAACAUCCCAAUCACGCUGCUUUAACGAUUCUUUGCAUCAUUGCUUCGCUCCAUCACGGCGUGAUUCCAGAUGGCAUACACCAGAGACAAGCUCGAACAUAUCCUCAAUGUCUACCGGGAGGCUGAGCUUGGGCAACCAAAGCCACAAAGCCAACGUCAUCUCCGCGAAGAUUACAAUCUUCGUCAGCUGAAGACCACCAAUCUCAAUCAUGCCGCUGCUUACCAGGACGACGCCAACUCCUCCGCCGAUGAAUACGACCCGAACACUCCCAUCAAGCGUCGCAGCAUUGGCAACGGCGCCAAACAAACUCCCAAACGACUUGAGCCUGAUCAGCCCUCCUUUACCACAAGAGGUCGGACCUACGUUGCAGUCAAAGAUAAGGAUGAUGUUGCUGGGUUCGUCACCCUCAGAUACAACGGCGAAGGAUCGAAGGCCAAGCUUGAAGAGCUAGCAGAAGAAUAUGGUGAUGGUGGCGACAGCGACCCCGAACCAUACGGUGGAUUGUUCAUGGCGGCUGGCGGAUUUGGCCCUGCUGCCGAACUGCCGCCUCACGAACAGGAGAGGUGGCAUCUCAAGUAUCUGGAGAGGCUUGAUCUGGAGUCUGCGCAGAUCGAUAACACAAAUGGGCGAGCGCUUCGCAACCGCAAAAUCCCGGACCGAGAUCCCAAGAUCGACAAAUGCACCGCUUGCAAGAAGGCCCGUGCAAGAUGCUCACUGAAGAAUAAUGGGCAAUUCCCAUGCACACGAUGUCAAAAGAGAGAGAUUGAAUGUGUCAGAGCGAAUAUCGAUCGGGAACUGGCUACGGAAGCGACACCUGCUCAUCCCCAUCAACAGGAAGCGGGCAAGAGGAAUAGCUUACAGACCGAUCUCGAGCCACUUAUUGCGGCCAACACUACCAAGCCUCCUUCAUCUGUCCCAACUUCUACUCCAGGUGAACGUUCAUUAGGCGAGAACAGCCCCUGUGCGUCCAAGACACCUCCAUCUUCAGCUGACACGAAGCAAUGGCACACGAAAGUCCAGCCAUCACCAGCACCAGGACAGAGCCAGAUUAUUGAUUGGUCGGAUACGAAGAGAGCAAGUCAGAUCAUCAGAUCGCACGUACUCGCCCAACAGUGUCCCUUCACGACACCAGUCGGCGGUUCCAAAAUAAAUCCCAUCGUCAUUGGAUCACCGCCAGCCUCCCCACCCCCACCUCAGUCAUCAGGAGAUGCUAAGCUACUAAGGAUCAAAACAUUCUGGGCACAUCCCAUCGACUUCAAAUUUCAACCUAGCCCGACCGAGCUGUGCCACUUCUGUUCCGACUUUAGGUACGGAAUCUAUGGAUACGGCGAACUUGAUGUUGAGGUAAUCCGAUAUCCGGGUGCCAUCGGCGUCGAAGAGACUGGAGAUGGACAUCGUGCAAGAGGCAGAGAAGCCACACGUAUGUGUGUCUUGUGUGCUUUGGCUCGACUUUACAUCCUCAAAUGCGCAGUGCACCGUUUCCGAAAGCUGGAUGUCUUGUUGUCGCAGAAAAUCUUUGACUUGUACACGACGCAAGUGCUCGCUGAGACGUGGGAUCCACCUCUCAAGAAGGGAGCGUAUUCGACAUGCUCACUGUGCCCGCAUCCUGCAUCCUGGAACUGCUGUGCUGAUCAAACACACGAUCCGUUUCGCCGAAAGCUAACACCGAUCGCUGGCGAGGACAGAGGUUGUGGAUUGCUCAUUUGUGAUGACUGUCACGUCAAAGUGGUCACGGAUGGCGGCCGCUUGAAGGCCAAAACUGUUGUACCGGCUGAAAAAGGCAGUGUCCGAGCAGAUAUCGAAUUUCUUUUUCCUGGAAGUGGACUUCACCAAGCAUAUCGUAAGUUGAGCAUGUAACCCAUCGCAUCGCUGUCAAAGGAUUCACUGACCUUACCGUAGGGUAGAACCAGGGUCAGUCAGCAUUGUGCAUGCGGUGGAGACUAGACGCAGUGGGCAUGGACAGGGAGGAGCUUUUCAUGAGAGCCUCAAGCUGAUUUUGGAGCAUUGGAUCGAUGCAUGCGCAAAUCAUUGCGAGUUGUCGAGCACAAAAGGCCCAACAUGUGGCUGGAUUAUUAAAGCAUGCUCAGAAAAGAGGAUGCUAGUUGGCUUCAGUGAAGAAUCCUAAAAGGGAAGAAUGCCUCGAGCAUAGCAAAAGUUGGUCUCUAGACUCGAUAUGAUGUUUCCAUGCUUUACCUAAAUCACAAGAUUCGUGGAGUUGUGAAUUGAUAAGAAAUCAGUAUCUCCGCGAUAAGGGAAAGCACGGAAGCUUUUAAUUUAAUCAUUUCACCAUG